AUGAAGAUCGGUGUCAAGCCUUCAGAUUUGGCAUACCACGUUUUCAACGCUUCCCAUCCUCUCACUCUACACAAAGAAGAGCUGUUGGCAGACGUUGUGCAUUUUCCAAAAUAUUCAAGAGAAGCAUUCCUCAAGGACAUCGCUGCUCAUUCCAAUCUCAAACCUGUGUCUGGAUCGGACUCUUUCACCUUAACUCCUUUAUCUUCCGCACGAAACUCGGAAUCUUCGACAUCAUCUCAAGAAACUUUCCAACUUCACAAGGACCAGAAGGCCAUCCUGGAAUAUUUGUCGCUUGAGCUAGAAACCAAACUCGACACAAAGCGUUGGGUUUUUGGCGGUGACUCUUCUGUAGAAGGACCCACCUACGACUAUUCACAGACAUCUGGGAUUGAUAAUUCAGAAAGUACUGAGACAAGCCCCUUUCCAGAGCAUAAUUCCAAAUUGACUCUUCUGCAAUACGCCUGGACAAAACUGUGGGUGGCAUUGUUACAUAAGGAGUACAACGGCGUUGAUUUGGAAUCAACAGACUCGUUACUAGAAGAAUAUUCACUCCAGGCGCCUACUCUGAUCAAGAAGAAAAACAACAAGAAUAAUGGUUCAUUAUGA